UUUGUACUUGUCUUCUUGGCUUUCCAGGAAAUGCAAAACAAUACCAGGUGCAUUUUAAGAAAAAUUGGAGAUGAGACGUGUGAAAAGGAUACUGACUGUUCAUCGGCCAUUGAUAAUAGCUUGUGUAAAGAUGGCGUCUGCACUUGUAUGUCAGGGUAUUUUACGAAUAGUGAUGGGUCGGAGUGUGAUUUGAGGAAAAUUUAUGAUGAAACCUGUCGAGAUGACUCCGAUUGUAAUGAUGCCAUUGCAAAUAGUGAAUGUUUAAAUGGAACGUGUUUGUGUUUACCCGGAUAUUACGUCACAUCCGGAAAUAGUACUUGUUUGAAACGACGAGUCAUGGAUGAAUGUAAGACACCAAUAGAUUGUACUGCCGCUGUACCUUUUACCAGCUGUCGUCAGGGUGUCUGUCAGUGUCAUUUCGGUUACUAUGGAAACAACAACGGAACUUCCUGUAAGCUAAGAGUUAUUGGUGAUUCAUGUGAGGACAACCAAGACUGCUAUUUUGCUGUAUACGACUCGAUCUGUCAAUCAAACCACUGUGCAUGCUCACAGGAGUUCGAUUCCUUUGAACGCGGGGAAUACUGUGUACUGCGACCAUUGCUGUUGAGGGAUGUUUGCUAUUUUCCAUCCCAGUGUCGCCACAUUGACAACAGAAGUGUCUGUAUUAACAACAAGUGUAUUUGUGAGACGGGUUUCUUCGUAUCUGAUCAACAAGACACCUGUCUACCAGAUCCAGUCCGUAUCGGAGAUUUAUGUGAUUCUGACACCAAAUGCCGGACAGCUGUUGACCAUUCAAUUUGUGGAUUUGGCCAAGACCGGAAGUGUAUGUGUGAAAUCACACGAUACCCAGAAAACAACGGUACUCUUUGUCACGAGAUGCCCAAACGUCUUGGCGACAGGUGCGCAGAGGACGCCAACUGUAUCGACAUUCCUAAUGCAUUAUGCGGCAACAACACGUGCACUUGCACGUACAAGUACAAGGACGCGGAUGAUGGAACAGCGUGUAUUGCACGCUCCCGGGUAGCCAUACCGAGGGUCACAGAUCUCUGGUUGGGUCGCAUUUGUAACCUCGAGGACGAAGAACCCUGUCCAAACUGGAAUAUCACAAAUCAGCGAUGUAUGUCGGAGGACGGAAGAGUCAACACAAGGUGUCGAUGUGUUGCGGGUUUCUCAAACGUUUACAACGAAGGAGAAUGCCAAGAAACACAGACCUACUUCAUACGAGUCAACAUAUCUCAUGAGUUAGGGUGUCCAAACAACCGGAGAAACAGAGAAGACAGCGAGCGAUGUUAUAUAUACCACCCCUUUCGGUAUAUUAAGCAGUAUCGGAACAAAAAUACUGGUCAUUUCCGGAUUCUCAAACUCAGGUCACAGAUUCUUGGGCUGGAUGGAGCCUUCAAUCAGAGUGGUAUCUGGGAACGCUACGUGUCCAGUGAGGUCAUCAAUAUGACGGAGUCGACGUCUGGGUUCCAAAUUAACGCCAUUAUCCAGAUCAUGGCCGACUACUAUACUGUCAUGAACGGAUCUACAGUACAGAUGCAUCUAGCCAAUCACCUGAACAGAUACAACGGGAUUUUAGGAACAAGUCAAUUGCGUGUAGCUGAACCUUACAUGGACAACAUAGUCAUCGACGAUUUUGACGAGUGUGAAGACUGGCAGGGUCGACAGAACGAUUGUUCGCUGAUGUCAUGGUGCAUUAAUACGUAUGGUAGCUUUAUGUGCUCAUGUUAUUUUGAGUUCGAGGACAAGUCUUUAAACCCUCUAGGUCGUCCAGGAAGGGUUUGUGUAGAACAAACAGAAACAACAACACAAAAUACCAGGUGCUCUGGAGGGUCGUGCAAAACAAGAUGGGAAUGGGUAGGAUUCGGCCUAGUCAUGCUUUUCAUUGUCCUGAUAUCAUUCCUAGUAUACGAAGUCUUCAUUCGAAAAAAGGAACUUCGUGAGCAAGAAGAUCCUGGUUACUCCAAGCUCAAGAGGGGCCGAUCGAGGAGAAGUCGCAGAAGUCGACGAAGCAGGCGACGCUCACGAAAAUCAAUUUCCCGCCAUAACCGAGAUUCUGAUGGCGGCAAUAGUGACUGUGCCAUCAUUAUUGACCACGAUAUAUCAAAUAAGGAUGAGAGCCCACCAACAUACGGCACAGAUGAAUCUUAGCUGCAUCAUAAUUAGUAAUAAUCAAACUUAAAACAUAAUGUAUAUUAAUUUCGUGAAAAUACCAUCCAUCACAAAAAUAAACAUUGGGGUGUUUUAUUUGGAAUAUGAUAGAUUUAAGAUGAUUACUUACAAAGUUUUUUACGAGUUUUUUUUAAUGCGGUAACCCUGACAACAAUCGACACACAUUAGCUUUAAAAAGGAUGCUAGGCAUUGUCUAUAUAGCCUUUUUUUCAAUGCGGUAGUCAGGUUCCCGAGUUCUAGUCUGAAAUAUUGAUGACAGGAAUGAUAAGCAAAAAUUGCACGCUUUUUUUUUAUCAAUGGUGAAGCCCCCAUUUUCGUGUAAAAACAACUACUUGAUCGUUAAACUCAUUGUCAUGCAUGAUUGGUGUCAUUGUUUGAAAGUUAUUUGACGAUGUGUGAUGCCAUUCCUGCUGUGUUAUAUCUAACAAUGGAUAAUCUUUACAUUGUGUCAUGAUUCAUGAAUUGUCGGAUAUUGUUCUUCCUCGUUUUAUCGGAAUAUGAUCGUGAUCAAUACUUACUUAUGUUCACCAAAGUCAUAAUGUUUCAGACAUUGUGUGAUGUCAACUGUAUUUGUUCAUCAGGCUUCGGAAAUCAUAGCUCAGUUGAUGAGGUAGUAUUACCAAUAGUAAUUUGGAAAGGUCAUCCUGUGUGUUGAACGCAAAAAGGAGUGAAAAGGCAUCUAGAGUGGCUGAUUGGUGUAUAAGGGGAUGG